AUGAGUGGCAGCGCUGCCACUCAACCUUCGACCGGCCCCGUUGUCCCAGAUCAAAAGCCGAGUGAUACCUUAACCCCCGAGCUCAACUUUGUUCCACGAUCCAAUAAUGCCACAAUGACAGAACCAUCAUCCAACGUACAGCCUGUUGUGGUCAGCAUCCCCUCUCGAACUUCCUCAAAUCAGAAACCUUCCGAUCUUAAUUCCACUUUACCCUCGCCUCCCGCCGUUCCCAAUGAACCUCCUCCAUCACCAAGACGUGGUUCUAAACGCAGCCUUCUGAGCAGAAGUCGGAAUAACAGUAGAAGUAGUCGGAAAUCAGCAAGAGCCGCUCGCACUACGGAUCCUUCAAAAGAACCUAUUUCGACUCCCCCACAAAAUGAAGCUCCUCGUUCUGAAAAGAAAACUCGUUCUGGUUUCUUAGCCUUUCUCAGUUGUUGCAGUCCAUCAGAGGAGCUCGAUGGUUCCAAGUCUGAUGAUCCAGAUGUGGCGGCGAAGAAGAUCAAAAUCCAGCCAACAGCGCAGCGCGCGCCCCGUCCGCAGGAGCAGACUGAAGUUAUGGAGAACGAAAAACCUCUAGAAGAAAAGGUGGCUGUCGAAGGAAAAUCCUCUGAGGCUACUGCCGCUGCAGAUGAGCAGAAGGGUGAGCUGUCAGAAAAGAAAUCGCUCGAUGAUUCAAGGCCGAGAAUUACAAGAGAGGAGGCAUCACACGACAGAGUCGCCCCUGUGUCUAGUGGCACGGUGGCCAACCCCACUACUGAAGAUGCUGGCAGCUCCGAUCACGGUGUAGCUUCAAGCAGCGGCCAAGAUCAGCUGAAGACAACCACGCUUGUUGUACCUCCAAACGUAAAUGUCAUCAGUCCUACACCUGUCGAGCCAGAGCGUCCGUCCAAUGUUCAAAGGUCCGAAGGAAACAGCAAGAGGAACAGCGAUGUAGAUAUGCCUGAUGUGACAGCCGGUUCUGCCAUCGAUGAAGAGUCUUUGGAUGAACCUCCACAGCCAGCAGAGCAACUGCCUCACGUCCCUCUACCCCCACCUCCACCAUUAGCAAAGCGACAAGAACAGGUUACCGCCAACGAGGUUCCUCCUGUUCCAGAAGUCCCUUCCGAGAAGACAUCUUGGCUGCUACCUCCCAUUCAACCUCAUUUGUCAGGCCGAAAGUGUCUGGUACUCGAUCUGGACGAGACACUGGUACACAGCAGCUUCAAAAUCCUCAAUCAGGCUGAUUUUACUAUUCCCGUGGAGAUUGAGGGCCAAUACCACAACGUUUAUGUCAUCAAAAGACCUGGGGUUGAUGCGUUUAUGAAGAGAGUAGGUGAAUUGUAUGAAGUGGUGGUGUUCACGGCAUCGGUCUCCAAGUACGGUGACCCGCUACUAGAUCAGCUUGAUAUUCAUCAUGUGGUCCAUCACAGGCUGUUCAGGGAGAGUUGCUACAAUCAUCAAGGAAAUUACGUCAAGGACUUGUCACAAGUGGGCAGAGAUUUGAAGGAGACCAUCAUCAUCGAUAAUUCACCCACGUCGUAUAUUUUCCAUCCACAGCAUGCGGUUCCAAUCAGCUCGUGGUUUUCCGAUGCACACGAUAACGAACUACUGGAUUUAAUACCUGUGCUUGAGGACCUGGCAGGGCCGAAAGUGCAAGAUGUCAGCUUAGUCCUAGAUGUGGCUCUUUGA